AUGGAGUUGGAUCAGGAAUCUUUGACAUCGCCAGAACUUCCAUUAACAAACUCUCCAGAGCGAGCGGACGCCUCCGAGCCUCGGCCCGAACCCAACGGUACUCUAAGCGCUCUAGCGAACGCAGCCAUAGCAGCAGCUCAGCAGAUCUCAACAAAACUCUUCACCGGAAAACCGGAAGUUGCAGAAGGUGAACCCGAAAUUGCGAGUGUCGAUAAUGUAGAUGUGCAUAUACCCGAUCAAACAAACGCUGAGCCAUCAUCCGUUGACUUGGACUACACUGUCCAACAACAAACCACCGAAAUUGACCUCGCAACGGCCCUAUUCCCCGAAGAAGACGUCGUCUCCCUCCAACCUACCGCUGACUCCCUCACCGACGACUCCGCCACCCCCGCGUCCGUCAACAUACCAAGCAGCGACGAAGGCUCCGACACCCGCCGUGCCCCAACGCCCUACGACGGCCUUGAUCACCUCCUCUCAACCCUCGACACCCUUCCCACCCUCCCACCCGCCCCAACUAAUCUACCCACCCCUUCCUUCCGCCUCCUAACGGACACCGACGAGCUUGGCUACCGCACCGCCAAACGCUUUCGCUUAACCGCGGCAUACAUCCACCACGCCGAGCCGAACGAGCAUGAGCUGGCUGCGCGCGUGGAGUACGACAUGGACGAGCAUGAUCUGUGUUGGCUGAAUAUGGUGAAUGAGCAGAGGAAAAAGACGGGGCUCGCGGCUGUGCAGGAGGAUUAUUUUGAGCAGGUUAUGGAUUGUUUGGAGAAGGAGUGGUUCGAUUUGACGAAGGAUAUUCCUUCUACCCGCGACGAGGAAGGAGAUCCCGUCUGUGCGGUCUGCGAUGACGGGGAAUGCGAGAACUCGAAUGCGAUCGUUUUUUGCGAUGGGUGUGACAUUCCUGUGCAUCAGGACUGCUACGGAAUCCCCUUUGUACCCGAAGGCCAAUGGCUCUGUCGGCGGUGCAUGCUCAGUCCCCACAAACCCGUAAGCUGCAUCCUUUGCCCACAUACCGACGGCGCUUUCAAACAAACCAGCGGCCAGGGCUGGGCCCACCUUCUGUGCGCGAUGUGGGUGCCAGAAUGCAGUAUCCAGAAUUUGACGGUCAUGGAGCCGGUGGUGGACGUGGAGAGGAUUCCGAGGAGUCGGUGGCGUUUGCAAUGUUUCUUAUGCCACCAACACGUCGGCGCCCCAAUCCAAUGCUCCAACCGCAACUGCUACACCUCCUUCCACCCGACCUGCGCUCGCAAAGCGGGCCUGUUCAUGAAGAUGCGCUCGCAGUAUGGGAGUAAUAACAAUACCUUCCGCGCGUUUUGCGAUCGGCAUACACCGCCCGAGUACCGCGACCAAGUCGAUAUCGAACAAUCCAUCCGCACCUUCAUGCAAGAGCAGCUCAAAACGCGCACAUCCCUCAUCAGGAAGAAAAUAACCGCACUCGCAGCGUCGGACGACGACGACGAUUUUCUGCCCCCUACCACGAGCGGGGACGAGGAGCAGCUGACCAGGAAACGGGGCAGGAAGCGGAAGAGUGUUGUUAGGAGCGAUGAGGAGGAGGACGAGGAGGACGAGGAGGGCGAUGGAGAGGCGGAGGGAGAACGGAAGCGGGGGAGGGUGCGAGCGACUACGCCCAUCGAUUCUGCGAGAACAACAACCGACCAACAACUUCUCGCGCAGUUCCCGCCACACCUCCAGUUCAACGCCCCCGUCAUCAUCCCACACUACAUCCUGCAACGCGUGCUCGCGAAUUUGAGAGACGACUUUAAGGAACGCAAGAUGAAGGGCGACUUUGAUAAGAAGAUGAGGGCGUUUGUGGUUGCUGUGUGCAGAUAUUGGGCGUUCAAGAGGGAAGCGAGGCGGGGCGCGCCGCUGCUGAAGAGAUUGCAUUUGGAGCCAUGGACUGCGUCGGCUUCUGUCUUCAAGCAGGAUGAGGAGGCAAGGGCUACUCGUAACAAGGGUCUCGUUGAAGUUCGCAAAGGCCUCGAACGGGUGCGCUGCCUUGUGGACCUGAUCCGCAGCCGCGAAAUCAAAAAGCUGAAGCAGUACCGCGCCGGCGUCGAAUUCUGCGAGCUGCUGGUUUUCCCGGUCACGAGGGAGUUGAGGGGGCUGUUGGAGACUAUCAGAGAGUGGGAUAAACAAGGGUAUUUUGCGGACCCGGUUUCGCCCGACGUCGCGCCGGAUUAUCAUGCGUAUGUCAAGCAACCCAUGGAUUUCAGCACGAUGCAGUCGAAGCUUGAAGCGCACGAGUAUCGGGACGUGAAGGGGUUCGAGACCGACCUCGACCUGAUCUGGACCAACAGCAUGCUCUACAAUUCCGCCGAAACCGACUAUUUCAAAGCCGCCCACCGGCACCAAAAACGCGCCAAACCACUCCUCCAGGAGCUUGCCAAACGUAUGGCGGCGCUGCCCAUUGAUGGCAAAACCGGCGUGCUUGAUAUCGUACCCAAGGAGUUUUAUGAAUGGCUUUGGGAGUAUGGCGGUGGGGAGAGGGAGAUUUUCCCGAAGGCUCCGCUGGUGGAUGACGAUGUAGGGAAUGAUGGUGGGGAUGAUUAUGGGGAUGAGGAAGUAGGUGGAAGAAGAUUGAGGAACACGAGGGCACGGUCGGCGGCGAAGGAGAAGGAGGUUGCCAUGGCUGCUGCGGCGGCGGCUGCAGCGGCUGCGGCGGCCAAGGCGAAGAGAAGGGAGGAAAAGGGGUUGAGGACUCCGGGGAAUCUGAUGAGUGCAAAUGCACCGACGACGAGGACCAGGGCGGCCUUGAAACUGGAGGCCGAGGCGCGAGGUAAGCGGUGA